AUGCAAGCGACGCUGACAGUGGCUCGGCUGCCCCCUCACGACCCGAGGACACCGACGCUGUCGGUGGUGGACAUGCACACAGGCGGUGAGCCUUUGCGCAUCGUGCACGCCGGGUGCCCGGAGGUGGCAGGACCCACGUUGCUGGCCAAGCGGCGCUACAUGCGUCAUCACCUCGACUACAUAAGGCGGCGGCUCGUAUUCGAGCCCCGCGGCCACCGAGACAUGUACGGGGCUGUCCUGGUGCCCAGCGAGCUGCCCGACGCUCACCUAGGCGUUCUGUUCCUGCACAACGAAGGCUACAGCUCCAUGUGCGGCCACGCAGUGCUGGCGCUGGGCCGAUUCGCGCUCGACUUCGGACUGGUGCCUGCUCCCCCAGAAGGCACCCGAGAGGCCCGGGUCAACAUCCACUGCCCCUGUGGGCUGGUGGCCGCCUUCGUAGCGUGUGAAGGUGGCCGCAGUUGUGGCCCUGUGCGCUUCCACAGCGUCCCGGCGUUCGUCCUGGCCGCAGACCUCACGGUGGAUGUCCCUGGACACGGAAAGGUGGUGGUGGACAUUGCGUACGGCGGAGCAUUUUAUGCAUUUGUUAGUGCAGAAAAAUUGGGAGUUGAUGUGUGUUCUUCGAAGACAAGGGACCUUGUGGAUGUAGCAAGUGCAGUGACGGGAGCAGUGAAAGCCCAGUUUAAAAUCGACCAUCCCGAGAGUGAAGACCUUGGCUUUCUUUAUGGAACUAUCUUAACAGACGGAAAGGAUGCUUAUAGCGAGGAGCCUACCACCAACAUCUGCGUGUUUGCAGAUGAACAGGUCGACAGAAGCCCCACCGGCUCUGGAGUGACAGCCCGGAUUGCUCUGCAGCAUUGUAAGGGUCUGCUGCAGCUGAACCAGACCAGAGCCUUCAAAAGCAGUGUGACCGGCUCCGUGUUCACGGGCAGCGCUGUGAGGGAAGCGAAGUGUGGGGAUUUCAAAGCUGUCAUAGUGGAAGUUGCAGGACAAGCCCAUUACACGGGGACAGCAAGCCUGACGGUGGAAGAUGACGACCCACUGAGGGAUGGCUUUCUUCUCAAGUGACAUUUUCCUUAUGCUCUAAGGGUUUUUCUUUGGAAGUAAUUACCUAUAAAUGAUAUUUUCUCUGUAUUACAUGAAAGCCAAUAUCCAAUUACACAUAAAGGCUAAUUCUUACACUUAUUAAGAAAACAGUA